AUGUCGCGUGCACACAUGUUGUAUGAUGACAAGGCGCUGCAGGGUGGUCCGACCCGCUAUGUCAAGUGGCCAGCUGCCUACGAUCCACAGCGGGAGCUGUGCAGCCGCGGCGAUGGAAUCAUCUUCGUGGGCAAGCUUGAAGCCAAGCCCAACCGUGUGAUUGUGACCGAUCCCAGUGGCCAACAGGCGCGUCGCAUGCAACUGGCCUUUGUUGACGCUCUCUCCCGACAGUUUAAGGAUGGCGUUGAGGUAGACGUCGUGGUUUCCAGCAGCACCAAGACUCGCACGGGCCACCUCAACUCGUCGUACACCACAGCGGCGGGACGCUCCGAUCGCAUCUCCGCCGAAUCAGUCUCCUCUCGGAUUUACGCUGGCGCUGACCGCCUGCUCGCCAGCAAACCCCGUCGUCAACUGGCCGGCCGGGACCUCUUCAACUUUCUAGGCGAUGAAGCCACACUUUUGAAGCUGGAUUUGAUUCCCGGUGAAGAAUAUCGCCUGCGUACCCAUCGCGACUCGUGCUUCAUCGAAUCCAUCACGAGCGUGGAUGGCAGUGUCAAGCACGUCACCAACUUUACCGCUGGCGUAGGCCAAGGCAUCAAGGAAGACAGCGCCUCCUGGACCGACAAAGUCUUGAGCAAGGUAAUUGAUCAGUGCUGUCCCUUGCCGCCCGAGUGA